CACAACAUGCAUUGCUUAGACUUUUCCUAAUUUAGGACGAAUUCUAAAUUCGGACGGAUUCUAUUUUUUGUGCGGUUAUUGAGAUCAUUAGCCUUGCGAGUCACCAGCAUCAGCUCGGAUUUAGCCAUGGCUUCGCUAUUUUCGCUACCAACAGGUGGCUAUACUCUGCCAGCUACCAGGCAGGCCCUCGCCAAUUGCGCUGUGCUUUCUAAGCAGUGUCGACGUUCUGCAAGCCACCAUGAGUGCCCGGAGACUUCGAGAAGCCAUCAAGACAUCACCUCGGGACAUUCCCGGUGGGUCCUUGCUGUAUUGACGAUUUUCGCUACUUGGUUAAUUUUUUUUGCUUCUUUUCGCUUGCAGACAACCCACACAAGGCUGUAGAGAAUGAGCACGAAUACCUUCGGCAAUGUGUGGAUCCGGUCCUGAUGCCUCUCAUUGAGUCACUGCUGCUCUACCAACCGGAGAGCGUUUACCACUUUAUCCACGACUUCGUGGACGAGCAGAAGAGCAGCCGCUUCGUACAUCACACCAGGAGUGUAGGCUACGCGAAGAAGCUCACUAACCGCCGUAAGAUGGCGGACUUUAUGUCUACCAGCGUGAUCCCCGUUAUGGAUGAUCUUGCCAAACAGAUUUUACGCGAGAAGCCAAACUCCGUCAAAGCAUUCAUUAGAGACGUGGUUGCUGCACGUAUCAUCAUUGAGUCCAACGAAGACCCUGAAUCGUCAAACCAGGUCGAACGUGCCGUCCAUUUCAAUGUGAAUGACCGUGUCUUGAGUCGGUACAAAGGCCGACCCAGGUUCUUUCCCGGCAUCAUCACCGCUGUCGAUGACCAUGGCAACUUCACAGUCUUGUACGACGAUGGAAAGACGGAGAGCAAUGUCCACUGCAUGUGUCUGAAGCUGCACAGCGGCGACAAAACAUCAGCACGAAAGAGCAAUGAAGAAUCCAAAGACAACCAGGAAAGACCGAAGGCGACCCGCAUAAUGGAGAUCGUACUUUUGAUCAUUGGUAUCGACGGAGCUGGCAAGACUACGCUUCUAUCAACCUUGCAGGGAGAUCUGGAUAAGGAGCAUGUGCCAAGUGCAGGUUUCACAUCAGCCACGUUCCAGACGGACACAGGAUCUGCUACAUUCUACGACCUCGGAGGUGGUCCAGCAUUUCGCAACGUGUGGAAGGAAUACUAUGCCGACGUUCACGGUGUUAUAUUCGUGGUCGAUUCCUCGAGUGAAAAUUCGCUACUGCAGGCCGCAAUUGUUCUUGAAGAGUCUAUGGCGAACGAGCUCAUGGUCAACAAGCCGUUGCUAAUCUUUGCCAACAAGCGAGACCACUCCGAUGCAGUAACAGAACAGGAGAUGCAGAAGUUGCUGCGAUUGAGCAAGUUUCCCAGCUCCAAAAUCGUCCCUUGUGUUGCCAAGCCAGCCGUUUUCGGUGGUGUAGACGAACGUCUGGAGUCAGGACUUCAGUGGUUAUUCGACCAGGUUCACAAUGAUUUUGACUCACUCCAUGAACGUGUUCAACGUGAUCUUGCUAUGAAGAAAAAGCUUGAUCAGCAGCGACGGCAAGAGCAGCGUGCUCGGGUCGCACGUUGGAAAGAAGAGCGAGAACUCAGCCAAAUGCGUACACAUGAUAAGCCGUCACUCGAUGAGCAAACUUCAUCCUCCAAAUCUACCGUAGAUAACCAGGAAGAAGCCGUGAUAUACUGCUCAUAUUGCAGUACGGCACCAGCAGUAAGCAAGUGUGCAGCCUCCAAAUGGAUGCCAGUCUGUGAAAGCUGCGCAACAACUCUAAAAAGAUAACCGUGGAGUGUAAAUCGCUUUAGCAAAACCUCUAGUCUAAGAUUUUUGUCCAUUAUUUUUGAUAUAAUCAUCUAUCUUCGCUUCUUGCC